GGCUGGUCUGGCGUAAUAUCCAUGGCUGCAUCUUGGGUUUGCUCGUUCGGCGAAGACUGUUCUGGGGCCUCAGGUUGUUUCUCUGGGUUGGAAGGAGGCUCAGAAGGGGGCUGGGUGGAAGACAUGGAUGCGAAAGUAGAAGGCUGGCGCUAAUUGACGUGACGCGUACUCUCUACAAGGCCUUUACCAAGCAAUAACAAACAAUGCUUCCUCUUUCCGCAUCCCGAUGGCCGAGGAUGUCAAGACUCGCUAUGAGGCGAUAAAGAAAGAACUUUUGGCUCAAAUUCCGAAGAAGAGAGCUAUAGAUAAGAAAUUGGCUCAAGUCGAGGCGCAGAUCUUUACUUUGGAAGGUUCAUAUCUAUCAGAGACCGGUACCCAUUCUGGAGGAAACCUCAUUCAAGGCUUCGAAAAUUACCUGAAGAACCAAACUAACGGUAGGAGAAGGACAGAAGCUGCUGAACAUGAUCGUAUAUUCUCGAAUAGCAGUCUUACAUAUACCCGGUCUUUGGAACUGAUGUCUGAAGAGAAUGGAGACGACGAAUUCGUUAAACAGACAAAUACCGGACUCACUACUGUCGUUGUGCCACCCGCCACUCGCAGCGAAGGUUUAACUGCCGCACAACAGAACAAGUUGAUGAGGGACAAAGAGUACCAGCGUAGGAAGAGGGCUAGCACACGGAGAAGUGCCGGAACUAUUAGCGACGAUGAUUCUGUCCCAACCUUGGGCCGUAGACCAACGAAAAGGGCCAGGUUAAUGGACGACGACUAGUAUUUUUAUUCCUGUCCACCAACCACUGUAACUAACUGUAGUAACUGUAGUAACUUGAGCGAGGCUUCAAUUUUAUUUGUUGAACACUAAUCAUUCCCGCUUACUUCCAGUGCAAAUUGACGGUCAACAAUGUCGUUCUUGGCUCUUUAGAAAUUUCUUACUAUAUUUAUUAUCAAGAAUUCCUGACCUUCCAGUUCAAACUAUCACCAAUGUCGCGUUCAAAGUUUCGAGAAACGGAGC